AUGGCGAAAAAUUCUGCACAAUCAGUAUGGGAUGCCGAAGAGGAUGACGAGAAAUCGGUAUCAUCUAAAAGAUCUGCUGGCGCAUUAUGGAAAUCUUGUUGUAUUGGAUUCUCUAUAGCUGUGCUCUUGGCUGGUCUCGCUCUCGCCGUUAUCACCGUGCUUUUUAUUCAAGUUAAUUCGUUAGGUGUCUGGGUUCGUUUCUUGAGCCCAGCCGGUACCUCCAUACCAACUGUGACUCCAGGUAUAUCUCAUUGUGGUACUGAUGCAUCUGGUUGGUAUAAUGGUGCCUAUCCAUCUACGACUGGCAGUACAACUACUGGUACAGUCUGCUAUCACUGGUCCAGCAGUACAUGCAAUUGGUCGAAUUCGAUUCAAAUUACCAAUUGCGGUGCUUUCUACGUCUUUUUAUUGAUCAAUCCACCCGUGUGCAAUCUUCGAUACUGCACGGAAUGA